GUAACUGAUCCAUUUCAAGGAAAGUGCUGCUAGGAGUAGCUACAGCAGCCGAAAUGCAGACGUUAACAUUUGUGUUAAGUUUUUAUUUUUCACUUUCAACUGCUUUUUAUUUCCAUGUCGGGGAACGAGAGGAGAAAUGCAUAAUAGAAGACAUUCCAAGCGACACACUGAUAACAGGGAGUUUCAAGAUACAGCAAUGGGACAUACGCAGACAAGAUUUCCUUGAAUCUGCUCCUGGCUUGGGAAUGUUUGUGACUGUUACAACUUACAACGAUGAGGUGUUAUUGUCCAAGUUAUAUGGCCCGCAAGGAAGGUUCUAUUUUACUUCACAUUCACCGGGCGAACACAUCAUUUGCUUGGAAUCUAAUUCUACGAGGCUUGUGUCGUUCGGUGGGAGUAAGCUGCGCAUCCACUUAGAGAUUCGAGUUGGACAACGUGACCUUGACGCAGCCCUUGCUCAAGCAAAGGACAGAGUUAAUGAAGUCAGCUUUAAGCUGGAGCAUCUGAUUGAACAAAUUGAGCAAAUAGUCAAAGAACAAAACUACCAAAGGGACCGUGAAGAAGAUUUUCGAAUGAUCAGUGAAGAUACAAAUAGCAACGUUUUAUGGUGGGCUUUUGUACAAACAUUAAUCUUUAUCUCAAUUGGAAUUUUCCAAAUGAAAUAUCUUAAAGACUUCUUUAUAGCUAAGAAACUCGUUUAAAAUGUUAAGACAAACAACUACCUGCUAAUUUGCGUAAUUUUUCAGUUAAUAAAUCAAAAUACA